AUGUGUGGUGCUCCUGUUCUACCCGCUCUGUGCGGGACUCGAAUAGGCAUCUCCGGCAUGGGAGAUUUUGACCCCCAAGUGAAAUUUUACUGGUUGAGGGGAGAAAGGACGAUUCCAAGAGGACACCGGAGUGGACGGGACAGGCCAAUGAGAUUCCAGAUUGAUGAUAAACCGCACAGCCUGAUAAGAAUCCCACAACAACUUCAAGAGUUCGUUCCUCUGAAGGCAGACAUCUCUGCUGAAGUUCCUGUAAUCCAUUCUGCACCUGACCUUCUACCUCUGUUCAGGAGACAGUAUGACAACAACAUCUUCAUAGGUGCCAAACUGGAAGAUCCAUGCUGUUAUGGCCACACACAGUUUCACAUGGUCCCUGAUAGGUUCCGCAGGGACAAAAUGAGCAAGAAAGUCCUCUCUGAUCAAAUCGAGGUGUCACUGAGAGCCAAUGGAAUUGCCAGUCUGUAUGCACUUUACCGAUAUGCUCAAAUUCAUGCUUCUCUCUAUUCUAUAACCAUAAACACUUUGUUUUGUAAAGGAUUUUGGAGUGAAGAGGAUGUGAGCAGGCCGUUUGUCUCUCAGGCUGUCGUCACAGAUGGACGUCACUUCUCAUUUUUCUGCUAUCAGCUCAAUACUCUGGCUUUAACCCCAAGGGCCAACAGCAAAAAUGCCAGGAAGAACUUGUGCUGGGGCUCAGAAAGCAUGAGGUUAUAUGAGAGAGUCACAGACGGAGAUGUGGUGGGCUGGAAUGAUGCCGUUCUUAAGCUGCUUUUUCAGUUUUUAUUAAACAAGCCAAAAGUAUAG